AGACGUGGAUGCUUAAACAACUGAGCCACCCAGGCGCCCCUUGACCUGGUAUUUUAAAUAAUAUGUGGAAUGAUGGAGGCAAAAAACAAACAAACAAAAAAAUGAAGGAAGGUGUGUUAUACCAGAUUCCCUUGCAGCCACUUGUCCCCCAGUGCAGGCCAGUGAUUGGAGUAUCUCAGAGCUGUGCUUGCCCUAUCACAGCCAGAGACCAUGUGAACAAAAUGAGCUGUUCUGUUCUCAAGCCAACUGUUGGAAAGAGUGUCUUUUGGGAAGAGAACAAAGUUAUCAGUACAAGCUCAGGUGUCAAGAAUCCUCUGAGAAAGUUUUGAUGGAAAGGUUCAAAGAGGAGUGUCUAUCAGGCCUGCAGCAAAUCCAAAGGCCUUCCUAUAUUUUCAGACAGCUGGGUCCAGGGGAAGCCCAGCCAGAGCUCCUACAGCAUAAGAUGGGGAGUGCUUGCCAGGAUGGGACUCAAUCUUAGCUCUGCCCGUGAGCGUUGAUAUGAGUUCAUUUAGGAAAAUUUAUUUAUUGUGUUUCCAGUUAUGUCAUUCAUUAAAUUAUAAUAUCUGUAUAUAUUUUAAGACACUGAGCUAGGGAUGCCUGCUGGGCUCAGUCAGUAGAGUAUGUGACUCUUGAUCUCAGAGUUGUGAAUUUGAGCCCCAUGUGGGGUGUCGAGAUUACUUAAAAAAAUAAAAUCUUAAAAAAAAAAUUGAGCUAAAGGGGAAAAAUAUAACCUCAUGAAAAAGGCCUGAGUUUCAUGGAGUUUAAAAUAGAUUUUUUCAAUGUUCAGCACUUUCUUGAACCUCUUUGCAUUGCAAGGCUUAUGUUCUCUUUUGAGUCCUAUAGCUACUAAGGAAGCACAGGUAUUCAGUAAUUCUUGUUAAAUGCAUGAAUAUUCCAAUUAAGCUGUUAUAUAACACUCUGGGCUAAACUUCAUCAACUUUCUCCUAUUCCUGGGUAGUGUCUGGUUCUCAAACAAAAGAAGUAAACUGUCUGCUAAAAAAAAUCCCAUAAACUUUCUGGCAGAGAAUUGAGCAGGUGUUCUACGGCACGUAGUUCCUAGCUGCGACUGAAUGAGUCGUUACCAUUUCCAAACGGACAGGCGGGGUCAAGAGAAAAGAAGCAAAUACCCUUUUCCCAUUUGUAUUAGUUAUCUAUUGCUGUGUGACAAGUUACCCCAAAACUUAGUGGUUUUAAAUAAUGUUUAUUAUCUCAGUUUCUGUAAGUCAGGAGUUGAGGUGCAGCUUAACUGGGUCCCCUGGCUCUGGGUCCCACACCAGGCUGCAUCUUGACACUCAACUAGAAAAAGAUUCACUUCCUAGCUUAUUCGUGUGCUUGUUGGUUGCCCAUGAGCUGUUGGUUUCUUGCCGUAUGGGCCUCUCCACAGAGCAUCUCACAAUAGGGCAGGUUGCUUUACUAGCGUUAGGAAUACUGGAAAGUAUCAUGAGCCUUCCUGAAAGUCAGGGUGUCCGUUUAGAACCAAAACUUACAAGGUGUCCUCUAUUCUGGUGACUCCAACAUUUUCCUGAUUGAGGACCACUUUUAAUUUCUCUGAAGUUCUAGAAAGACUAAUGUGGGGCUGUUGAGGAAACAGAGCAUGACUGCGGAAGGUGCCCCCCUACCUACGUCCUCUCCCACCUGUCAGGAGUUACCCUAAGAACCUGGGGUAGAGGUGUGGCAGCACUGCAAGACCAUGUGGAAAGUGUUCUGCAACCUGCUCUCCUCUUGAGACAGAAAGGGCAUUCAUUAUCCCAAACGGCUGACUUUGGGCAAAAUUUCCACAGGAGGAAAUCAACCCAUAGACUUAGAGCAAAGUCUGAGGCAAACCAGGAACACUUGAGAGGACUGCCGAAGUUCAGGUGUCAGGCAGUAAAAUUAUGGCUGGUUUCUGUGCAUCUCAUUAGGGGAGAAAAUAAAUAAAUGUACUUAAAUGGACCAGAGGGGAGUCAUAAGGUUGAUUCUGAGGGCUGAGUGAUCUGAACUUAGAGACAAGCUUAAAGGGAAAAAUCUAUACUGGCCAGAGACCAAGUUAAUGGAAAAUUUAAUUGAAGCGAAUAAAAUCUAAGCCUCCUAGGUGGUGUGGCCUGGUGCCCUUUGAACCGGGAAGGCUGGGACAGGAGGCCACAGAGGGCCCUGAGGGAAAACGCGAUGAGCUUAUCUGAGCAAGAACAAGGGCGGGACUGAGCCUGAGCAAAGAAAGUCGACAAACCUCCACUAGAGCCUCAGUGACAGGCAGCCUUGAGGGCAGAGAGGAAAUCUGCUGAUUUCUGCCACGGAGGAGUCCUUUGAAGUCCUCUGCCUCCCACAGCAGCACUGAGCACGUGCUGGGCACCCCGGAGUGUGCGGCCAACCACGCAAAAACAGUCACCACUGAGGAGUGCCUGGCGAACCCCAUAGGCAUGAACCGCUACAGCGUGGACCCCUCCGCCUCCGCCUUUAGCCACAGGGGCUCCCUGCCCACCUCCUCCUCGCUGUACUGCAAGAGGCAGAACUCUGGAGAUGGCCGUCUCGGGGGAGGCCUGGCCACCACUGCCAGUGGUCCCCGUUCCAGCCCCAUGUCCUCUGGAGGCCCCUUGGCACCUGGGCUGAGGCCCCCAGGCUCCAGCCCCAAGAGAAACGGGACCUCUCUUGAAGGAAACAGAUGUGCCUCGAGCCCUUCCCUCGACGGGCAGGACGCCAGGCGGCCGAGGAGCAGGAACCCUUCCACCUGGACAGUGGAGGAUGUGGUCUGGUUCGUGAAAGACGCUGACCCUCAGGCUCUGGGUCCACACGUGGAGCUCUUCAGAAAGCACGAGAUUGAUGGCAGUGCUCUCUUGUUGCUGAAGAGUGAUAUGAUCAUGAAGUACUUGGGUCUCAAACUGGGACCUGCGCUGAAACUCUGCCACCAUAUUGACAAACUGAAGCAAGCCAAAUUCUGAAGUUUUUUAAAAAGAUAGAAGCGAAGUCCAGACAGCAGGUCUCAAGAUCAUCUUCGGCCUUACCAGCGUCCAGCCACCACCACAAAAUGGAUUCUCUCCUGAAAAAUAACAGCUGCAAAGACUGGGUCUUUUUAUAAAACUUGUGCAUUUCUGCCUUUUAAAAAAUUCAACAUGGCCAAAAAUAAUGGAAGAGCCUAUUAUUUUAGCAUUCCUGAUAGGUUGGUUGCUCUGAGACUUGAUCCUGUUUUUACGAUGAGCGAGCAGGGAACCCAAUGCUACUGCCCAAGGAAAACCCUGGAGGGUUCCAAGGCUGUGAGAGGAAAGACCUUUGUCUCUACCGGGACUCCACCGUAGCACCACCUGUCUUUAACUCUGCCUCGGGGACCUGUCAUUGUGAGCCUUGCUAAAUUCAGCUCUGGAAGCUGUCUUCUGAGAAACAUGCCUCCUCACUUUGCACUAUCUGGAAAACUUGAAUUCUUUUGCUCUCUGAAAGAGAAGAAAAAAAUCUUUCCUAUUCCUAGUUAUUUGAAGUACUGUGUUGUCCCACUAGAGGGCAGACUGCUAAUGAAGCUUCAGGACCCUCCCAGCAGUAGCCUGCUGAUUUAGUACUCAGUGGAUGGGUUAGGGUCUCUGUGAACAAGAUCUAGCCUACACAGACAUGGGGAAUUUCUUCGACAGCACCACAGAUUGCAGCUUGGGGAAGAAACUAUCUUCUAGAACGUUCUCGUGCAUAUCCAGUCAGUAUUGACUGACUGAGAUGCACAAGCAGCAAAGACAAAAAUUUGGAAGUAUGUUCUUCCCAGAUGGGGCUUUGGGUUCCUUCCCUUUCAGAGUCCUUACUGGGGUGUUGAUGUGUUGGCACGCUGAAGAGUCUUAGUGACAUUUAGCCAUGGGUGUUUCUUUAAAAAAGAAGAAAAAUGUCUCAGAUAAGCUUUGAAAUGGGAGAGUGUGGGUUUCUCUUUACAUUGCUGGAUUAUGUAGUUGUACCGCUGGCUAAUUUUUCUAGUUCUCAACAAAUACACAGACAUGCUGUUAUUGGGUUUAAUUCCAUUUACAAAUGGUUUUCCUUCCUCACUGUGGAGUAAUAGGAAAAAAUUGAUUUUUCACCCCUUUGCAGCUGUGUCCAAGGAAGGACAACGAGUCCCCAGUUUACGAGGCAGAGGGCAACCUCAUUUCCAUUCUUCUUUCUAUCCUUCUCCAUUCUCUCUUUCCCUCUUUCUUUUAUUUGUCCUCCCUCGAUAAAGAGGAAACGUAUUUUCAAAAUGAAUUCACUUUUGCCACGGGCAUAUCCUCUUCCUUAAAAACAUCCGCAGUGUUAGAGGUGAGGAGAUGAAUAGUAGACUCUGCAAUCUCUGGGAGGGUGAGGAGCAAAGAAAACUCAGGGCCUCCCUUGGCCCAAAUGCAAAUUAGAAAAAGCACACCUUUCUCUGGGAUGCAGCAGAGCAGGGGAUCUCAGGCGAGGAAUAGAGCAGGGGUGUGGGGGGGGAUUUCCUCCCCCUCCCCCUCCACGAGGUGCUGUUGUGCAGGCCAGGAGCUGCACAACCUUGAGGCUAGCCAGGCUAGAUUUGCAUAUUGAUCUUCUAUAAAUCAGUUAGAGGAAGACCAUAAGAAAGAUUCCAUGCCAUGCUGUUAGACCCACUUUGAUGAGCAAUAUUUGAGAAAGCACAUCCUAGCGAAAUCCUUUUUUAGACACACAAACGGUGGCUGGACUUACACCAUGACAGAGACGGGAAGGAGGACGAUGUCCUAAACCUGCUCACCGAACUGAGCUUGAGCCAUCAGGUUGUGGAAGGGUUUAGUGUCGGUUGCUUUUGGCACCUGACAAUACUACCCUGAAUCAGGCUCGGGACAGUCUUCCAAGAUUCUAAAGUGAUCAAAUGACUCUGCCCCUCAAAGUUUGUUCAUUGUAAGUGCUCGGGCCUGGUCUGGAGUUAGAUAAGUUCCCUCAAAAGGCCCUAGCUAGUUGAUGUAUUCGGAACUGCCAGUUUGUAAGUGGUGAGAUCCAGAAAACCCCAUGACAACCCAGCCGCUAUUUUUGCUCAGUCCUCUGAAAGUUGUCGUGCCUCUUCCAUCAACAUAUACCUUUUUUUUUUUAAAGAUCUUAUUUACUUAUUUGACAGAGACAGCCAGCGAGAGAGGGAACACAAGCAGGGGGAGUGGGAGAGGAAGAAAGCAGGCUCCCAGCAGAGGAGCCUGAUGUGGGGCUCGAUCCCAUAACGCCAGGAUCACGCCCUGAGCCGAAGGCAGAUGCUUAACGACUGCACCACCCAGGCGCCCCCCAUCAACAUAUACCUUGUUGAGAGACUUUGAAAACUUCCCACCCACCCUCGCCAUUGCCUCCCUCACUACAAAAGCAUGACUGUUGGUACCCCCAAAUUAAAAUCAUCCCCAAACAAUGUCAGAGAGAUACUUAGAGUAAGUUUUCGGGGGAGAGAGAUUUUCUCAUCUCAAGUCUGGGAGAAAACUGGAUCCAUGUUCACGUGUAACUGCUGUCACGGAGGUGCGAUCUCAUUUUGCAUUAAACUUUAAGCAGGACAGAUUGCUGAAGCCAUGAUAUUUAAGGUUUGACUUUUUAAAAAUCUCAUUACUCUUAAAAUGAAUGCUGCCAUAUCAGAAAAUAACCCAGGGAGGAAAUUCCUCCUUGCCUGGUUUUGCACUGAAAUGCAAUUAGCCAACCAAAUUAUUGUAGCAAUACUGCAAUUAUAAUUAAUUUUCACCCCUUUCAAAAAUCUUGUCAAACCAGGCAGCUAAAUAGCACAGCAAAUGUAAAACAUGCCAGGCCAUUUCCUCUAAAUGGACCUUCAAGAGUCAGGCCACGUGCGUCACUCUCGUUCACACGUGAGCGUAUUUCAGGAGCCCCACACUUGUGCAGAUCUGGUAUUUGUCAUUCCGUUGUGGUAGCUUUGCUUCAGGUGCUGGUGAAUAGCUCUGCAUCAUUCCAAAUUAGCGUGUAUGAGUGUGUGUGUUCAUGUCCAGACAUUUCCAAUCCCCGUGUCUGUUAAACAGUUAAAAAAAAA